UACGAUGGAUGCCCGCUGACCUUCCAAAAUAAACCAAAUGGGGUUUCGAUAUAUUCAAGCACAAAUAAUAAGUUGGUCAUGAAUUUGGAAUCGUGUUCCCUUUGAUGCCAUGAACGUAUAUUUUGCGUGAGCGUGAGCCAGGUCCAUUAGGAGUAUGGCCGCAUGCUGUCCAACAAUCUCUGAUCUUCCAAACGUUCUAAGAGAGAAGCUAGCACAUAUUCUUGAUGAGAGCAAUACUCCUACCUGGCGGGAACUAAUCCAUGUCAUGCCACCAGAUACGUACAGAGCUCACCAAGUCGAGUCAUUUGCCAUGGCAACCUUGAAGUGCAGGAGUCCUACUCAGGAAUUAUUUGAUGAUUUGGCUCGACGCAGUGUCACACUAGAUGAGCUAUCAGGUUGGGUACAGAAACUGCCACAAAGCAAUAAAAAGCAGUCCAUGAUUCAACUUCUAUAUGGACAUCCAGUUGUUACCAGGCAACCAGGAAAUAUAAUGGUUGCUGUAGGAGCAAAUGCUGUGCUAUCGUGUGGUGCAACAGGUCACCAGCCUCUCAACUACCAAUGGUUUAAGAGCAAGAAAGCUUUAGAAGGGCAAACUGGUUCCCUCCUUCGUGUUAAGAAUGUCUCCAAGCUUGAUGAGGGGCAUUACAUAUGUCGUGUUGCAAACUCUAAUGGCGACUAUGUGUUUACUGAAUGGGCAAAGCUAUCUCUUCAAAAUCCCUCGGAAACACAUCAGUUCAGUCGGCCUAUCAUCACAAGUCAACCCGAAUACCCAGAAGUCCACACUGUGUUAGGUGGGACGCUUCGCCUGUACUGCGACGCCCUGGGGGACCCUGCACCAACUUUCCAGUGGUACAAGAAUGACCUUCCCCUCCCGGAUGGCGACCAAAGGGAGUACUGCAAGCGGGACAUUUGCGCGGAUGACCAAGGAAGGUACAUGUGCGUGGCAAGCAACUCGUCUGGGUCCACUGAAUCCAUGCCAACUCGAGUGUUUGUCAGACAUCAGGUGCCGCGUGGUCAAAUGGAAGCAAAUGACAAGGUGGCGUUACUAAUCGGCAACAAAGAUUACAAAAUGGCGCAGCACCUCAACACUCUCUUCCACCCUCUGAAUGAUGUGUGCGACUUGGCAGGCGUAUUAAGAAGCAUAGGCUUUAAGGUUGUUUCGCUUGUGAAUCUCACUCUGAAGGAGAUGGAGUUCGCCCUGGAUGAGUUCUACAAACUGCUGGUCAAAGACACCUAUGCGCUCUUCUACUUUGCGGGUCAUGGCUUUGAGAUAAAUGGACAGGGCUAUCUUAUGCCUAUAGACGCCACAGAAAGGUAUCAUCCGCAGGAAAACCUGCCCGCUUCGAAAGUGUUGGAGACCAUGCAGAAUAGCGAAGCAAAACUAAAUAUUAUCGUCCUCGAUUGCUGUCGAACAACGCCAAACGAUAAGCCAAUCGAGACGAUACCAGUCGACAACGGCUGUUACCAACCGAUUGUAACCAAGGCGAAUGUGUUGGUCAUCCAUGGAUGUUUACCGCAGAAUUCAGUAUUCGAGUCUGAGGAUGAGAGAAAUGGUUUCAUUGCCAAGCACCUCAUCAAGCUCAUCGGCCAAACUAAGCCGCUUUCCAAGAUUAAACUUGAGUUCUCAAAAGCCAUUCAUGAUGAGAAUAUUUAUGACCCCGAAGAUAGAAAACAACAAGUCGUGCACAUUCAUACCACUGAGAUCGACGACAUGUGCCUAGCUGACAAUACAGCGGUACACAUGCAAGGAGCAUGCGCCGUGUCUGGGGCCGAGGGCUGGAAAGCAGCGCAUGAGAUCCCGGAAGACCCCGUGACCGUACAUGAGCGUGACGGGGUCGUGGUCGAACUCGUCUUCAUGGCGGAAUUCUCCAACGCGUUGCUCGUCACCGCGCGCUGUCGCCCCGACAACUACCACGUGACAUUCGACAUGCCUGAGUGUGUCAGCGGUUGUCUCGUUACCAAGGUAACGGGCAAGGAAAGCACUAUUCCACAGCGUUUCUCAAGAGCUGAGUCCGCGAUACGAAUCGCUGACCUUCAAAGGCUGCAGGGCAACCUUGAGAUGGUUCUCGUGCUGGAAUUAGAUAAUGAAGAGCCUCGUCGAAUAUGUUACACGAUGCGAGAGAAACCGCUGUUUGCCAAGAUUGCUUGCCAGAACUAGACAUCGUCGUAAGGUUUUCCUUUGCUUGAAUAUGGACCGCCAGGAAGCAUGGGGUCUGGGACGAGCCCAUAUAGUGCAGCCCAGUCCCUGACGUUCUUACCGGGUUUCCUGUGCUAGCAGAUGAACCGUGAGCAAGCCCGAUCAGAAAGCCUGGGACUAGGCUGCAUAUGAGAAGACAUGAUUAGGGAACUUGAAGUCAGUUCGACUUAGUAGGGAGUUCGAGUUAUUCGAGAAGAAAUAGCUGAAAAUCAGUCUCUAGGGAAAUUAAAGUCAGUUCGAGUUAUUGGCGAGUCUUUAGAGUAGAAAUGACUAAAAUUAGGCAUUCCUAAUCAGCGGAGAGUUCGAGCUAUCGGAGUUUCACUGUAAGACAUCACUUUGGUUUAGCAGGAGUUCGAGUUAUCAAAUAUUGAAGUGUGACUGGGGGUAGAAUACUGUUUUAUGUUGUAAAUCAAGGAGGAUUUGAUCUGAUCUGGGUUUGAUCCAAGCUCCUGCUGGCCAAUGAAUCCGCUUCAAGUAUUUUGAAUGACAGAAGCCGAUAAGCUGUUGGGAAUUGUACAUGCGAGAGUUUGCUUAAUUUGCCGAAGAGCAUCGACAAAGAGUGUUUCGUCGUUGGUUCGACAGAAACCGAUGUGUAUAUAGCUAGUGUUCUCUUUUUUAAAAAAGUAUACAUUUUAUAACUUUUUUUAAAACGAGUUGGGUCAUAGACCCUUUGAAUAUAGGAGUGUGUCGUAAAACGAUUUUAAUGGUAACUAUGAUAAAAACUUAUAGAAUAAAGAAACAACCAUCCUCAAAAAAAUAUUAUAGAAGGUAUAAGCCUUCUCAAAAUGUCUUACCAAAAGUUCUGUCGAGAUGAUUGCAGUUGGUAUUCACUUGAAAAUUCAGUACGUAAAUACAAUGCGAAAAUGCAGUUGUUUUCUUGCUUUAUUAAUAUCUCGCUGUGAUGGUUUUUGCUAUGGUGUUUCGCCAUCAUCUCAUACCCAUCUGCAACACAGCGCAUUGCAUGUCUUCUAGUUGCAUGAAUAUGUAGCACAUCUCCAGCACAAUACCAAAACAAACAUUCAUGCGGUAAUUUAAAGGGAUACAUUCUCAUGGUAAUUGUCGGAGUUUAAGAAAGGUGUUUUUUAAUAGUAGGAUAUGUACGCUAUUACUUUUCUUGCAGAAAGUUCCGUGAGCAUUAUAAAAUUAUUAGAUUUUAAACAUGAAUUUAGCCCACCCACAUUAAAAAUAACAAUCGGUUAUUAAAAGAGAGGUCUGCGCUCCUUAGCAGCGAAGGAUUUUAAA